AUUAAGAUUUGGACAUUCUGGGUUAAACAGUACGUUAGGUAAAAUGGCAAAGCACCGACGUGGUAGAUGUGAUUAUCAGAAUCUGAAUCAUCUUUAUUUGCCAAAAAACACACAAGGAAUUUGUCUCCGGUAAUUGGAGCCGCUUUAGUACGACAAGAGACAGUCAAUUGACAGAGAACACUUUGGAGACAUAAAGACGUAGAGAAAAACAGUCACUGAACAAUAAAGGGUUGCUAGUUAUCGGGUAAUGCCGGUAAAAAAGAAAUUUGUGACAAUUGUCCUCUAGCACUUAGAACACUUCGAAUGACUAAUAUUGCAAUCGUCCGGUGCAAUGACCAUUGUGCGAAGGGCGCCGAGACGUCAAGCGAGUAGUACGACAGUCUGGGACAAUGUCGAUUGUGCAAAUGUUGCAGAUACUCCUCAGUCAGUGUGCAAAUGGAGCAGAUGCUACUCUGGCAGGAGUGGCCAGUAUAUGCAAAUAGUGCAGCGUGGCGAGACUAACGAGUAAUAUAUACUUGGCCCGACAUAAAUGUGACAACAAACUCAAGACAAAAAAUUGCCAGCAUGUUGCAAUGGAAUUGUUGUUGUUAUUGUCAACGAGGGGAAACAGUCGAAUAUGUAAUUAUGUAUUGUACAAAAUCAAAGACAGAAAGAAGACAGCUAAUUUGUGACCUAGGGAGAGAAAAAGUUUGUUUUUAUAGACAUUAUUCAACAAAAGGAUUCAGAAUCCAGAUUAAGAGAUAAUAACGAUUCAUAAAAUAAUCAUUACAGGAUAUUAUUUCAGUACCUCAGACAAACAAAGCAACAGAGCCCCCCUGUGCCAAGGUAUGGGAAAAAUUUCUGUUCCCUCAGUUUGGCAAACUGUACCCUCAAUUUAGUAAAGCGUACCCUCAAUUUACAAAUGAUCAAUCAACGUUAUUUUUUCUCAUACCUUGGCACCAGGGGGGCUCCGUACAAAGCUGAUAGAAUUGAGUUGCUGUUUUUAAACUGCAUUUCAGCGUUAGCAUUAGGUAUUGUGGUUCCCACUCCUUACUAGUCGGUGGCGGAAAGAAGAACCCUUUACCUCCCGCUUGAUCUCUGCUUAGCGAAGUGUUGCUCGCCAACGUGUCUCUUUGUUGGCAAGCUAAACUAAGCUAAGCUAAGCUAAAAUAAGAUAAGCUAGGCUAGGCUAGGCUAGGCCGAGGAGCUUCAACGUGCGACCCGCGGGAGGAGAAACAGCUCAGAAAAUGGAUGGUCAGUAAAUAUGAUUUUUUUUUUUUUUGUUUGCUUUCAAAAUGAACACUUUAACACUCAUACGUACUCCAUUUAUAUUACAAUAUUUGACCAAAUAUUUUUUUUCUAGUUUUCAUGGUGUUCCUUAUCGAAAUAGCAAUAAAGCAAUAGGAGACAUCUGCAAGACGGUUGCUUUAUUAUGAUUUACAAAUGCAAAAAUUAUACUGUACAUUCAUUUUCCGUAACACUAAUCCUGUUUAGGGUUGCGAGGGGAAAUAUACAUUUUUAACAUUUUUUUUUUUUACAUUUACAUUAUUCAUUGAUUUAUUACAUUAUUCACAUAUUUCACUUUUCUCGCCCUUUGUCAUUUAAUCAUGUGCAACCCAUGUGCAUGUUCAAAUGAAGUACAUUCAAAGGACUUUUUUUUUUUCAGUGCAUGUGCUGGAGUCACAAGGAAUGAGAAAUGAUCGCCUUGAUCGAUUAAUAGGUGUCCUCACAAAUAUCAGUGGUUCAUUCAAUACAAUUGAAUUCUGAGUCCUUGCCUCAGUGGCGUUGUUGAAAUCAAAUGUUGCCGGGCAUGAAUGGUUCAUCAGUGCUAAUUGUUUUCCCAGCAUCACCUCGAAGUGUCGCCAAAGCACCAACAGCUGCAGAAACCUGCGUACGCCAGCCGUGCAGUUGGCGUGAGGGACCGCACAUUUCCACGCUCAUGUCACUCGUGAUACAUCUCAACUUAGCCGCCACGUUUUUGUGCGUACGCACCUUUUGGACAUGAGGCCCCUGUUAUUAUUAUUUUUUAAAGAUAUACUACUUGCAGUCAUGUAUGCGGAUUUCAAAUCAACCUACAUUUUGAAUGCGUCUCAAGAUUCGAAUGAAUUGUCGUGAGGUUUUUAUUUUGAAGGUGGCUGGAGGGCAAUUAUUGUCAGGCUUUUAUUUUGAAGGUGGCUUUCGCCGCUUGUUGGCGGCUUCUUACCGUAAUGCAUCGUAUGAACAAAACUAGGGGCGGCUAGCUUGACUUCAGUUGGCUCCGAGUCGGUGGCCUGUCCCUUUAAAUAUUUCUGUCGUAAAGGAUCACGGGUAAUAAUACAUCGCCUUUCCCUUCUGGCGAUGCGGGAGGAGGGGCGGUUUCAGCAAGUCUUCCUGAAUUUACACCGAAUGUUCCUCAUCCUCGACCCGGGACGCCCCGUGAUCACGACUUUAGUGGACGAAAACAUCAUUCGUGCAAUCUUCGUGUUCGGUCUCGUGCACGUUGAAGCUUCUCGGCCUAGCCUAGCUUAUUUUAGCCUAGCUCGCUAACAAAGAGUCGCGUUUGUGAUCAAAACUUCGCUCAGCAGAGAUCACGCGUGAGGUAAAGUGGUUUUCUUUCCGCCACCUACGAGUAAGGCGUGGGGACCACAAUAUAUACUCACACUAAAAUCCAUCCAUCCAUCCAUCCAUCCAUUUUCGGAGCCGCUUCUCCUCACGAGGGUCGCGGGCGUGCCGGAGCCUAUCCCAGCUGUCUUCGGGCAGGAGGCGGGGCACGCCCAGAACCGGUUGCCAGCCAAUCGCAGCUAACGCUAAAAUGUGGUUAAUAAAACAAAAGAACAACUAAAUUCGAUAAGCUUUGUUUGUCCGAGAGGCUGAAAUAAUGUCCUGUAACGAUUAUCGUUAUUAUUAAUCUGUCAUCUAAUCAUGUUUCAACACACAUUUCCUCUCCUGAAGUUACACAUUUUCACACUGUGCUGUUUUCUUGUUGAUUUUGGUGCUUUGCCAUUUUAACGAACAUACUGUUUAAUCCGCAGUGUCCAAAUCUUCAUCUUGAUCUAUUUGUUUCACAUAUGUGAUUUGCACUUGCUUUUCUCAUCCCUCCAACCGAGGGCGGAAAGUGUUGCGGUCGUCGUGUGAAAAUGUGGGCAAGAAGGGCAGCGGAGUACGGGGAGGAACUUUGUGGACCGAAAGAGGAGAAGGAGCCACGACGUCAACGACUGGACGCCGCGUUCAAUCUGCAACCUCGAAGUGUGCUACACAGAGCAGACACUGAAGAUCUUCUUACUCAGUGGCAGGAGCCAGAACCCCCUCACAUUAAAGAGGAAGAGGAGGAAGAAGUGCACCCCCACAUCAAACAAGAAGAGGAGGAGGAUAUCACCAAGUUUCCAUCGACUGGUGACCCUUUGAAGAGUGAAGAUGCAGCUCAAAGUGAGGAGAGCAGAGGGGCGGAGCCUCCAAGCGGCAGCUCAAGUCAACACAUGACAACAGAAGCUGAUGGAGACCAGUGUGGAGGCUCACAAGCAGACGGACUCUUAGCUCCACUAUCAGAUCGCGACGACACGAUGUCACACUCUUCUGACUAUGAUGAUGAUGAUAAACAGUCUGAAGGUGAUAUGACAUGUCACACUGACAAUAAACAAUGGAAAUGUUCUCAGUGUGGGAAAACAUUGGCUAAAACGAGUAAAUCGAAACACAUUAGAACACACACUGGUGAGAAGCCUUUUUCCUGCUCAGUUUGUUGUCAAAGAUUCUCAAGGAAGGAACACGUAAAAAGACACACAAGAAUGCACAGUGGUGAGAAGCCUUUUUCCUGCUCAGUUUGUGCUCAAAGAUUCUCUGUGAAGGAAAGGCUAAAAUUACACACAAGAACCCACACUGUUGAGAAACCUUUUUCCUGCACAGAUUGUGGUCAAAGAUUCAGUCAGAAGGGACACUUAAAAAUACACACACGAACCCACACUGGUGAGAAACCUUUUUCCUGCUCAGUUUGUGGUCAAAGAUUCUCUGUGAAGGAAAGCUUAAAAUUACACACAAGAACCCACACUGGUGAAAAACCUUUUUCCUGCUCAGAAUGUGGCCAAAGAUUCACUUGGAAGGGAAACUUAAAAAUACACACAAGACUGCACACUGGUGAGAAACCUUUUUCCUGCAACAUUUGUGGUCAAAGAUUCUCUGUGAAGGAAAGGUUAAAAUUACACACACGAACCCACACUGGUGAGAAACCUUAUUCCUGCUCAGUUUGUGGUCAGAGAUUCACUCAGAAGGGACACUUACAAAUACACACAAGAAUGCACACUGGUGAGAAACCUUUUUCUUGCACAGUUUGUGCUCAAAGAUUCUCUGUGAAGGAAAGCUUAAAAUUACACACAAGAACCCACACUGGUGAGAAACCCUUUUCCUGCACAGUUUGUGGUCAAAGAUUCUCUCUGAAGGAAAGCUUAAAAUCACACACAAGAACCCACACUGGUGAGAAACCUUUUCCCUGCUCAGAUUGUGGCCAAAGAUUCACUCGGGAUGUAUACUUAAAAAUACACACGAGAAUGCACACUGGUGAGAAACCUUUUUCCUGCUCAGUUUGUGGUCAGAGCUUCUCUUCUACGGAUCGGGUUACGACACACAAGUGUGCUGGUAAUAAGUGAUUCGUGAUCAAGAAGCUUUUAAUGUAAAUGUUUUAAAAAAAGUAAUUACUAUGUUACUGACUUUUGUACUAGCUUUUAUUGCAUCUUCUUGUCCAUACAUUUUCUAAAAGCCUCCUGUGGGCAAAUGUUGAGAAUUAGCACGGGUGCCAAAAUUCUUUCAAGGUGAGCAAUCAAUUAUUCCACUGUUCUGAACUCAUAGAUGAUGUCUGCUGACAAAAAAGCCCCCCAAAAUAGACUGUAGUCAUUGAAGAAUUUUUUCUGAUGAAAUGUUUGAUUUUCAGCCAGCUUUUGCCCCACCCACUAUCAGAUAGUGACGACAUGAUGCCACAUUACAACACUGACCAAGAUCAUGAUGAGAAAAAGUCCAAAGGUGAUAUGACAUGUCACACUGACAACAAAGUAUGUAAAUGUUCUCAUUGUUGGAAAACGUUUGCUGUAAAAGCAAAUGACACAUGGGCAGACUCACUGGAGAGAAACCAUUUGGCUGUUCAGUUUGUGGUCAAACGUUCUCCACUAAGUAUUGGGUUAAUGAACAAGUGUGCUGGUGAGAAUCGCAGUGAUCAAGAAGCUUUCAUUGAAAAUGUAAAUGUUUAAUAUCAAAAGUAAUGGCAAAAUCUAUAUUUGUGCAUUUUACCUACCACCUUUAUCUUCGUGUUGUCUUUGUCUUUUCUAAAAGACUCCUCUGGACAAAUAUUAAGAAAUAGCACUGGUGCCAAAACCCACAAAGUAAUGCAUGCCUUGUUUUCCAAUAAUUUAUUGAUGUCCAUGUCAAAUAAAGGAAUUAUUGAUUGAACUAGACUGUAAAGAAACAUUGACUUUUUGUGGUAAACUGUAAAGUGUACAGUACAUGUGAUCCAUAAUAAAAUGUGCUUCUUCGAA